AUGGCACCACCGUCGGACUCGGACCAAAUCCAACUAGAUCUAAAUUCAACUUUUCCAGAGCGCCCAUCUAAGCGUAUUAGGCUAGCAUGCGAACCCUGCAGACGCAAAAAGGGCAAAUGUCCUGGCGAGCAACCAGUCUGCUCCCUGUGUGCCCGACUACGUCAGCGAUGCGUCUAUGACGAGGAAAGGCGACGACAACUUCCUCCUGAAGGUCCAUCAAGAUCCAGUAUACCGCCCACACCUUCAACUCUGGAAGACCGACUGCUCAGCUUGGAAGGCAAACUAGGAGCAGUUCUUGAUCAUCUAGGAUCUAAUGCUAAUUCCUCAUCGAAUGAAUUGUCCACUGCAACUCCAUCCGGACUGGGCUCAACUGUUAUUCUUCCCACAUGGGAAGAGAUUAUCCCCAUCGCAGAGCUAUACCUUCUAUAUUGCGAAUCCCAACCCCUGCCUUUAUUUCACAGAGAAACAUUCUUAACCAGUCUUCAAGGACGCGACAUUGAAAUUAUUUACGGAAUUCUCGCACUAAGUCUCCGGUUCUCUGACUCAUAUCUCAACUUCCGUGAUCCAACCGGACAGGUAAAUAGCUACGCCGAAGUAGCGCGGGGACUGGUGAUGAAAAGAGUUUCAGAGGGGCCAGUCGAGAUUUCAACAUUGCAGUGCCUGUGUCUUUUAAGUUUAGUUGAUUUUACAAAUGGAAACACACACCGCUCCAGUAUUCACAGCAGUCUUGCCAUGAACCUUGCACAAUGCGCCAAUCUCGGAGUCGAGUCCCGCGCCAUGACAAGCCACAUCGUUCGAGAAGAGCGUCGACGCUGUUUCUGGAGUAUAUGUCUUCUCAAAAGACUCCAUGGAGCCGAAUUCUCAAUUCUAGAUCUCCCCGAAAUGGGAGGGCCGCCAUAUCCACAAAGUCCAACGCGACCGGCUCGGCUAAUUCCUUCAGUGACAUCAACAUCAAGUGUCCGAAGAAGCGAACUGCAAGACCAAGGCAUAGUUGCAUACGUGAUUAUGCUAAGUGAGGUAUUUUCCCGAACUGCACGUUAUGUCCGUCUACGUGGCAGACCGGGUAAUGUGCCACCCUGGUCUCCAGAAUCAGAAUACUCCAAGAUCAUGGCACUGCAGAUGAACCUCGAGACGCGCAUGCCACUUACCCAUCGUUUCAAACCAGCAAAUCUCGGCGAAAGAUCAUUUGAAGAGUUACAAGAUCAUCGAGAGUACUGGGGACCAUGGUUUCUAAAUCAAUUUAUGUACCACACUACUCUUUGUCUAUUGAACCACCCCUUAUUACUCUCGUUAAGUCUGCGAACGUUCAGAAGUACCAUCCCUGAAAUAUUCCUGCAACAUACAUCCGACCUUAUCUCAACUCAUACGACCUGGAUCGUCCAUUUCAUCGAUUACUUUGCAGACAAGGGAUUUCUAGUCUCAGAUCCUUUGUUGGGAUAUAGCGCCGCAGUUGUGGCUACAAUCGAGCUCCAGCUCAGCUUUACAGAGGACUCCACAAUCCGAGAAAAGAAACGAGAUCAAUUUACGAAAUGUGUCAAGUUCGUCCAACAAAUUGGCCAGAAAUGGCCUCACAUGGCCCGACUGGCACAAAGACUCCAACAUCUGGAGGACGCUGUCUCAGCAACCUACCAAUCCGAUCCAAGUGAUCGAAACCAAAGUCUUUUAAUCGAUCUAUCCCGAUUUUGGGAAAUCCUCGAAUACGCCUCAAAUAGUGAUGCAGACUCCGCAAGAAGACUCUUCGGAAACUCUCUAUACACGGGUCCCUCGACAGCUGCAGUGGAAGUCUCGCAAACUUCCCCAUUACCUGCUCCUACACGUCUAACACAGGAAGAAGGGUCUUCCCAUUCCCAAACUCGGGGUUACAGUACUACUGUUGUGUCGGGUGCAGAGUAUCAUAGCUCAGUUGUCUCACCUGAACAGCUGAUGUUUACUAAUGAUGAGCUUUCGAUUCUUGCGACGAACUUCUUUUCGCAGGGACAGGAGUUCCUUCGGUGUGGGGAUACGGGGAAUGUGGGAAAUUUUUGA